GGUUGGCUCACGUGCACCAAACAAAACACAGACGGUAGGUUGACAUGUCUGCAGUUUAAUGGUUUCUGUGCUGCUGCCGUGCAGCCCGGGCCGUUUCUCAAAGACUCGUAACGCUUUCUCAACAUCUGCAAAUAUCAAGGUGGACACAGUCUGGUGAGAAAUGGCAGAGGGGGGCUUCGACCCUUGUGAGUGCAUCUGCACCCAUGAGUACGCUAUGAGACGCCUCAUCAACCUGCUCAGGCAAUCUCAAUCCUACUGCACAGACACAGACUGCCCUCAGGAAUUGCCAGGUCCCACUGGGCCAGUCGGCGGAGGAGGUGAACUGACCCUCCCCAUGAUUCUGAUGGGAUGGGCGGUGCUGGCUCUGGUCCUGUUCCUGUUGCGCCCAUCCAGUCUCAGGGGUAACCGUCCCACAGGAAAACCAUCUGGACCCCACAAUAGCGAUGGAAGAGAGCCUCCAGCACCACCUGUUGACUAACAGUGGAGAGUACCAGCACUCACCCACCCGCUCUGACUGGAGCUGCACAGUUAGCUAGUGACUGUGACCAGGACAGCACCAUCUCCCCGUCAUUCAGAUAUCUUUUGCUUUUCUCCUAUUUUAAUGCCAUUGUGUUUUGGGGUAGAUCUGUCUUUGAUUUCUGUUACUAGAGUCCAGCUGAUACUGAAUUAAUGAGGCCAAUACAGAUAUAUUCCAAAGUUGUGAAAAAUCUUUUUUUUUUUUUUUUUUUUAAAUAAAAAUAAAGCAUUUGGGCAACAGAGGCCUAGGCAGCAUAUUUGACAAUGAAAAAAACUUUGGAAAUGUCUUGGGAAAUUGAAUAAGAAUACAGAAAAACAUUUACACACUCAUAAAACUUAAAUUAAGAGCAAUAAUUACAAAAAAUAUAUAUUUUUUUUAUAUCUGUAGACAUAUACAAACCAAUUUUGACUGAUAAUAUUGUCCAUCAAUAUUGGCAUUUUGAUAUUUCAGCUGGGCUCUAUGUAGUAUUGACCAAGUCUUUAAUCAGAAGGCUUGGCAUUGUUCUGGGUCGAUCCCUGUUCGCAGCUCUGGUACUGACUAAUAUGCAGAGACUCAGACGUGAACUCAAAAUGAAGGAAUGUGUCAUAUCAUGUUUUGGUGGAGACGGGAGGGGUUCUUAAAUAGUUGUUUGAGUGCUUACUGAGUGAUCUAGGGUGACGGUUUAAACAUUCCUCUCUUUCUACUUUAAAGUCACAACUCUAAACAGUGCCAGUAAUGAUGUCAUAUCACAUAAUGUUUUAAUAGCAUAUUUAAACCAGCAGAAUGAUUCAGUUCAAUGUACUGAGUUUAUAUGAAAAAGAAUAAAUUCUGAAUGGAGUGCUGCAGGGAUGACAUUUAUUUGUAGGCCAACACUGAGGUUAACAUCUCCCUUGUUCCUUUGUCAAAAGUCCAAUGGGAUGUUCCUGUUUGAUUUUGGAUUAAAUCCUAAAUGCAAUAGCCAGAAGUAAAAAGCUAAAGUUAGGCUACGAAAGAACUACACUAUAGUCACAUGACUUCAACUCCGCCACUGCAACGAGGCUGUAAAGUUGUGUUCGGUCUUAUUUGGCCACUUGUUAGCAACUGCCUUUUUAAGGAAUGUAAAAGCUUCAACAUUUAUGAGUGGGGUAUCUACUGAUGGAUUUUACAUUGUAGAACAAACCGUGAAUGUCCCUAAAGCUUGUGUCAACCACCGACCUUAUUUUAGGCAUCUAACCAAAAACACAUCCAGAAAAUUCAUUGACAUCAAGACAAGAGAACUGGGAGUGCUAACAUACUCAUUACUGGGUUUUUGCACUCAAUCCUGCAGCACUCUAUUAGGAUUAUGAUAACAUGGCAUAUUCUUCUGUGUUUACAUCCAGGCUUCAAUCUUAUACAUACUCCAGCAAAUAGUCCGGUCUGUUAUAUGAUCUAUAAUUUUUAAGAACAUGUCUGUCCCUUUAAGUAACUGUUUGUUUGGUCACUGUAGUAAAAGUGAUUCUUACAGUAGUGACCCAUCUGUUUAAAAGGAUUAAGAUAUGACCGUUAAUUGGUCACGUUUCAAACUAAGUUCACAUAGCCAAAAUGAACUGGAAACAGGUGUAAAGAUGGGGUUUGUUAAAUGUGGUCAUUGUGAAACAAUAUACUCAGCACAAGCAUUUUAAUCAUAUCGAGGUGAUACCAUGUACUGUAAUUGUUUUGUGGUUAAAAGGUAAAAACCUGACAUAAUAGUAGCAGAUCAUCAUAUUUUAUCAGCACUUUUGUUGUGAUGUUGUUUCCUUAUGAAGGUGUGUUCUGAUUCAGCCGUUAUUUCUUUUCUCGCUGAGAAUCGCAGCAGUCUGUGAUUAAUGGGAGCAAUCCAAAGUUUCUACUUCACAACUUUUGUGUGAAAAUACGUCAAAGGAAAGGAGCAGCUUAAACUGCAUUUUCAAACAGUGCCAAUGUGAAUUUAAAUUUCUGGUCUCAAUUUAGAGAAUAACUUCUUGUGAAAGAAAAGCAAUAUUUGAGCUCAUUUUUACUUUGAGAUAAGAUGACAAAGUUUUCUGUCACGUUUUCUCAUUAGGGUUAUUUUCUUGCUAAAUAAGUGAUGACUUCUACAUCUAAAUACUUUUAUAGAAGGUUUGUCAGCUGGAUUAAAGGUUGAAUUAUAAUUAGUGAAGAGAAAAAUAGAAACCUUGAAUGCACAACAAUGUAAUGGUGAAUGUUGUGGUGUUCCAUAACCAUGUGUAUAAAUGUGGAUGGAUAUUUAGAACACAGUACAACAGCACCACAAACUACAGCCUCAAUACUACAGGAGAAAAUCAACCCUUUUUGAUACAAUCUUAAGAAAAAUCAUAAUAUCACAUCAUAAUAGGUGAUAUCUUUUUUAAUAUGUCUGUUGUUGGCUAUUGGAUUCUGGUACAUACAUAGAGGGUUUCCUGUUUUUCUAGUCACUGACUGUAUCUUUGUCAUGCCCCUGUCAUGGUAACAUGGACAUGAAAGUGUGUGUGUGGGCCCUGGAUUAUGUUCUAGGGCACCUGUGAUAUCACAAGUUACAUUGAUUAGUCUUAAAUUUGAAGUGUCUUUCUUGAAUACAUGGUGUAAGAGUUCAGACCUUGGAUAUGAUCUGAGUUCAUCUCAACCAUCUCCAGUGGUUAGCUCUUAAUAGCCAUAUCUGCAAACGUGAUCUAAAACUGUCUUUACAUCUUUCUAUACUUGCUUGGGAGAUGGCACAGAGCAAAUACAAGGAGGGAAAAAGUUAAGUCAACCAUAAGCAGUUGUAUAAAAUUAAGGGAGAAGCCACACACACUAGGUUGUUGAGAUGGACAAGUGGAAGAUCUGGUACCACAGAGACCUUGAUUUACACUGUUUCUGUCAAAGAGAAAAAGGGCUUCAACUAUGCACUUUUCCUAUAACAAAACAAAAAAAAUAAAAAGAAUUCAGUCUUA